UGUAGGUUGUGAGUUUAAUGCUGUAGUUUAUUCAUUUCUCUAGAUCUGUGUUAACUCUGUGCUGUAGAUACCAGUUCUACAGGGCCUAAACUGACAGAGUUUGAAAUAAUGCAGCAAAGCCUUCUUUUCCUAAAUUUAGACAGGAUCUUCCCAGCAAAAAGACCUGAGCAAAUUGAAUGCUGACGCAUGCACUUUUAAGAUCUCAGGGUUUGAAGUUGGAGCACAUAGGACAGGAAACGGACUUCAGACAGAAAGAAGAGAUGCAGAAUCGGUGUGCUAUAAAUGCGAGAACAGAGCAGUGCUGUGGUGAGCACAGAAAGAGACUGGAGUUGUUUUGCCAGGAGGAUGAGGCAUUUAUGUGUGUCCUUUGUGUUCCCAGACAUUCCAGACACAGUUUUCUGUUCCUGCAUGAAGCACUCCAUGUGUAUAAGGACAAGCUAAAAACAGCCUUAUCAUCCCUGGAAUUAAAAGUCGAGCAUCUUAAAGAUCAGCAGAAGACAAAUGAGAAGGAACUGGACAUGCAUGUAAGUAAAGGGACUGUGAUAAUUUCUGAGUGUCCUGAAUGCAGGUGUCUGCAUAAGUUAAGAGAAAAUGUCUCACAAGAACACAGCUCACUGAAACAAAAAGAACUAGAUGAUGGACCAAAGGCAUCCCACGGAUAUGGAGGGAAGUUCGGAGUUGAAGAGGAUCGGAUGGAUAAGUCAGCUGUUGGCCAUGAGUAUCAAGCCAAGCUUUCAAAACAUUGUUCGCAGGUGGAUUCAGUGAAGGGAUUCGGAGGAAAGUUUGGAGUGCAGGCAGACAGAGUGGAUCAGUCUGCUGUAGGGUUUGAAUAUGCCGGAAAGACUGAGAAGCAUGCUUCCCAGAAAGACUAUGUUAGUGGUUUUGGUGGAAAAUUUGGAGUCCAAGCGGAUCGAGUGGACAAGAGUGCUGUAGGAUUUGAUUACCAAGGAAAGACUGAAAGACAUGAAUCUCAGAAAGACUAUGUACAAGGGUUUGGAGGGAAGUUUGGUGUCCAGACAGACAGACAGGAUAAGUCUGCACUCGGUUGGGAUCACCAGGAGAAAGUGCCUCUGCACGAAUCCCAGAAAGAUUAUUCUAAAGGCUUUGGUGGUAGAUAUGGUGUGGAGAAAGACAGAAUGGAUAAGAGUGCAGCAACAUUUGAAGAUAUUGAAAAAACAGCUCCAGCCUAUCAGAGGACCAAACCUGUGGAAGCUGCUAGCACUAAAACUCGGAACAUAAGAGCUAAUUUUGAAAACUUUGCUAAGCAGAAAGAGGAAGAAGACCGACAGAAGGCAGAGGAGGAAAAAAAACGGAGACUGGCCAAAGAAAAAGAAGAACAGGAGGAGGCAAGGAGAAAACUGGAGGAGAAAGCCAAAUCCAAGAAGCCUGUCUCUCCUCCAGAGCCUGCCAAUGAGCCUACCCCUGUUCCUGUCAAGAAGGAAGUCCCUCCUAGUCCACAUUAUGAGGAACCACCUGUAGAAGAACCUGAAGCAAAUUAUGAAGAUGUACAUGCACAGUCAACUGAGUAUGAGGUUGAACCUAGCACUAGAACAGAAGAAGCGAAUUAUCACGAAUCUUUUCAGAAGGAGGUACUGUAUGAACAGGGUGAUGUGUAUGAAACCGCAGGAGAUGACAAUUUGUACCAAAGAGUUGACAGUACAUAUGCAGAAUACACAGAUGACCUUGGAAUUACUGCAAUGGCCUUGUAUGACUAUCAAGCUGCUGGUGAUGAUGAGAUUUCCUUCGAUCCUGAUGACAUCAUUACGAAUAUUGAAAUGAUUGAUGAUGGCUGGUGGAGGGGUGUGUGUAAAGGUAGUUAUGGACUCUUCCCUGCUAAUUAUGUUGAACGCCGGGAGUAAAACCACUUCAGUCACAGAGUAUGCCUUAAUUAUGCUGUCUGUUCUGCUUCCAUGCAAAAUACAUCAUAGAGCAUCUUUUCUCGGGUGCUUGGUGGAGGAGAUUAUAAUUUUGCAUUUAUAAAUCAGUUAUCGGUGCUUUAGAACUGGGGUAAAGUCACAUUUCCAGUUUCUGAACACCUGUGACGACUUCAGCAGUAUUCCGCUUUUGCUUCAGAAUCAUGUGACACUAUCGGACUGAAUAGGAAUAAGAGCAGCUAUGCAUUUUAGUAAACAUCGUUGAAACUUCAGCAUCGUAGACAAAAAGUAAGAAAUUUGUAGAGAUCGAGUAACCAUGUAGCUUUCAGAACUAUGAAGCGUAGUAUGGCCAUUCUUAUUUUGUAGUUUAAUGAGCUUUUAAUCAUGCUGACUGUAGUCCAGUAUUGGAUUCUCUACCUUCAAAUUCUUUGUUUUUGAUGGGAGAAUUAGAUUUGUUAUAGUAAUUGUCAUCAUGAUGGUCACCAGUGGAGAUGGGGUUGGACAAUAUGAACUGCUACUUUUUCCUUGUAUGCAUAAAUAAGUAUGGCUUUAUCCUGCGCCAGUUAAAAAUGCAUCUUGUUUUAGAUUGCCAUUGCACAGUAAACGGUUUUAUAGCUACAGUAUAAAAAAUAGCUGAAAACAGAGGGUUGCAAGACAGAACUGCUUUAGUUACAUCACCUUCCUGAAAGGUGGUGUAUGCCAGCAGAAUAAUGCAAAAGAUGUCUCUCUCGUUGUAUUGAUUUAAAUGUGAUGUAGGCAUUUGGCAGAUAUUUGCUAUUAUGACCAAAUCUGCACAUGCAUUUAGCAUGUUCCCAUUUUGGUGCCUACAGUCAUUGCAUAUUUGAUGAAUAAUUGGGAUGGGUUUUUUAACUUUUUCGUUACACAUUUAUAUAUAUAUAUAUAUAUAUAUAUAUAUAUAUAUAUAUAUAUAUGUAUGUAUGUAUACAUAUUUUACAUAACAUUGAGAAUAUGAUUUUGUAAAUUAAUUUUGAAUAAAAACAUUUUUGAACAAUG